GUCCACGGUCUAGAUCCACAUUCCAAACGGUGAAAACGCCUACACAAUCAGCAGCAGGCAUCCUUCGUGAAUCAAUCGUGUCUCAUCCAAGAGGAACAGGGCUGACGGCGGCAGUCGACGACACUCGGUCCUGACGCGUCCAUACCACCAGUUCGUGGCACUGACGCUUGCACAUGCGUGCUGGCCACCAAUACAGACGCGCACAUCAUCAAUCAUCCAGACCCCAGCUUAUUGCCGUUCCUCCUUUUCGUGCCCCCUUUGCCACGUUCGAAGCUCCCCCACGAGGCCCCAGCGCGCUCACUAUCCGUGGAGUAAAAUCAAACUCUGUCCACCCGGACUCUGGCACCCAGUCAAGGAAUGGCUUGUAGACUGCUCUAGAUCAAGCCUCUAGCCGUCCUAG